AGUCAGCAGCGGCGGCGGCGGCAGCGGGGCUGCUGCUCCUCCCAGCAUCCCUGGCGCGGCCAUUUCAGCCCCAUCUUGGCCCAGCGGAGGGAGCUGCAGCCGCCGCUUCAGCAGUUUGAAUUUCAGUUUGUUCGGGGUUUAGGAAUUGGGCGCACCGAGGAGGAGCCGAAGAAGCCACCACCGCUACCUCACACAGCCGGGGCGCCUCCAGUCCCGUGCCAGCGGUCUGCCGCCGCCGCCCCUCUCUGAGAGAAGCCGCGAGGGGAGGCCGAGACCGCCGUCGCCGCCCGCCCGCCCGCAGGGGUGGUUCCCCCUGUAAGGGGAGGACCGAGCCGGCUUUCCCCUCCCCCAGAGCGGGUUUCCGCCUGAGACAGUCGACAUGUCCCUGGGGCUGAGCUCCGGCUAGAGCCGGGGAGGGAGGGCCGCCUGCCCGCGCCACAGCCCCACCGCCCGCCCGCGGACCUUCAGCCAGCCCCGGCCCGCGGCUCCCGGCUGAAUCAGGCAUCUCCGACUCCCGACUCGCCGCUCCUUCCCUCAGUCAGAGAGCCCAGCGCUGACGCCGGCACCGGCCUGAGGAGCCCGAGCGGGGCAGCACCGCCCCUCACGCCGCCGCCGCCACCGCCUCCUCCUCCUCCUCUUCGCCCUCCCACUCCCACCCCCAGCCAAGGCCUGCUGACCGCGCCGAGCGCCGAGCUGGACUGACCACGGCUGCCCGGAGACGGGAGAGGAAGCAGCCGGCCCUCCCCUGGGUUCGCGCUCUCGCCGCCUCUGAGAGAAUUGAAUUGAGGCGCCGCGGCUGCGGGAGCUGAAAAGGAAGGAGGAGCCGCCGCGGGACUGAGACGGGGGCAGAGCCGAAGAGACCGACACAGAGAAGGAAACGAGGAGGAGGAUGUCUCACCGGGCGGCCAGCGCCUGGAUCAGCCCGUGACUCUUAACAGCGGCGGGCCUCAGACCCCAGCGCAGACUCGGACUUUGUCUUUGGGGGCCCGUGCUCUGCCCUCCCCGGUUUCCGACAGGACCCAGAGGAGCCGGCGUGCCUCUCUGCCCUCCAGCCUUCUUCACCAUGUCCAAGAUGCCGGCCAAGAAGAAGAGCUGCUUCCAGAUCACCAGUGUCACCACGGCCCAGGUGGCCACUAGCAUCACCGAGGACACCGAGAGCUUGGACGACCCGGACGAGUCACGCACAGAGGACGUCUCCUCCGAGAUUUUCGACGUCUCUCGGGCCACGGAUUAUGGCCCUGAGGAGGUCUGCGAGCGCAGCUCUUCCGAAGAGACGCUUAACAAUGUUGGGGAUGCGGAGACUCCCGGGACCGUCUCCCCAAACCUCCUCCUGGAUGGGCAGCUGGCAGCGGCGGCUGCUGCUCCCGCCAACGGAGGAGGAGUCGUUUCGGCCCGGAGCGUGUCUGGGGCUCUCGCCAGUACCCUGGCGGCGGCCGCCACUUCGGCCCCCGCCCCCGGAGCACCCGGCGGCCCCCAGCUCGCGGGCUCAUCGGCCGGCCCAGUGACUGCAGCCCCAUCUCAGCCUCCCACCACAUGUAGUUCCCGUUUUCGCGUGAUCAAGCUGGACCACGGGAGCGGAGAGCCCUAUCGACGCGGCCGAUGGACGUGUAUGGAAUACUAUGAGCGGGAUUCAGACAGCAGCGUCCUGACUAGAUCCGGGGAUUGCAUUAGACACAGCAGUACUUUUGACCAGACUGCGGAGCGGGACAGCGGCCUGGGCGCCACCGGAGGGUCGGUGGUGGUAGUAGUGGCCUCCAUGCAGGGGGCGCACGGGCCCGAGUCGGGAACUGACAGCUCCUUGACUGCUGUGUCACAGCUACCCCCGUCGGAGAAAAUGAGCCAGCCCACUCCCGCCCAGCCGCAGAGUUUUAGCGUUGGGCAGCCACAGCCGCCGCCGCCACCCGUAGGUGGGGCUGUGGCUCAAAGCUCGGCUCCGCUGCCGCCGUUCCCGGGAGCCGCGACCGGGCCGCAGUCAAUGAUGGCAGCCACGCAGCCCAGCCAGCCCCAGGGAACGGGGCCCGGGGGACAGACUCUGCCGCCGACGAAUGUAACCCUGGCGCAGCCGGCUAUGUCCCUGCCUCCGCAGCCGGGCCCUGCAGUCGGCGCCUCUGCGGCGCAGCAGCCCCAGCAGUUCGCGUAUCCUCAGCCUCAGAUACCGCCCGGACAUUUGCUGCCCGUCCAGCCCUCCGGCCAGAGUGAGUACCUACAGCAGCACGUGGCCGGCCUGCAGCCGCCAAGCCCCGCGCAGCCCUCGUCCACCGGCGCCGCAGCGAGCCCCGCCACGGCGGCCAGCCUUCCCGUGGGCACCGGCCAGAAAGCUUCCUUGGUGGGCGCGCAGCUCAUGGGCGCGUCUUCCCAGCCCAGCGAAGCCAUGGCCCCCCGGACGGGACCAGCGCAAGGCGGGCAGGCCGCGCCUUGUCAGCCGACUGGAGUGCCCCCGGCUACUGUGGGAGGCGUGGUGCAGCCGUGCCUGGGUCCUGCCGGGGCUGGGCAGCCCCAGUCCGUGCCUCCGCCGCAGAUGGGUGGCAGUGGUCCGCUGUCAGCCGUACCUGGUGGCCCUCAUGCCGUGGUGCCCGGAGUUCCAAACGUGCCUGCAGCCGUGCCCGCUCCAAGCGUGCCUAGUGUGUCUACCACUUCUGUUACCAUGCCAAAUGUACCCGCGCCUCUGGCCCAGUCGCAACAGCUGAGCAGCCAUACGCCAAUCAGCAGGAGCAGCAGCAUAAUCCAGCACGUUGGGCUGCCCUUAGCGCCAGGCACACACAGUGCCCCAACCAGUCUACCACAGUCUGACCUAAGCCAGUUUCAGACUCAGACCCAGCCUUUAGUCGGGCAAGUCGACGAUACUAGAAGAAAAUCAGAACCCCUACCUCAACCACCACUUUCUCUCAUUGCUGAAAAUAAGCCUGUUGUGAAGCCGCCUGUUGCAGAUUCCCUGGCAAACCCCCUUCAGUUAACACCUAUGAACAGUCUGGCCACCUCUGUAUUCAGCAUAGCUAUUCCUGUUGAUGGUGAUGAAGACAGGAAUCCUUCAACUGCUUUCUACCAAGCGUUCCAUUUGAACACGUUACAGGAAUCAAAGAGCCUCUGGGAUAGUGCAUCUGGGGGAGGUGUUGUAGCCAUUGACAACAAAAUAGAACAAGCAAUGGAUCUGGUGAAAAGCCAUUUGAUGUAUGCAGUAAGAGAAGAAGUGGAAGUUUUAAAGGAACAAAUAAAAGAAUUAGUUGAAAGAAACUCUUUACUUGAACGAGAAAAUGCACUGUUAAAAUCUCUUUCAAGCAAUGAUCAAUUAUCCCAACUCCCAACCCAACAGGCCAGUCCUGGUAGCACUUCUCAACAGCAAGCAGUGAUAGCACAGCCUCCGCAGCCAACGCAACCUCCACAGCAGCCGAAUGUCUCCUCAGCAUAAAGCUUUCUUAAGCCUCAUUAAGAAAAAAACUGAAAGCAGUCUAUCCUUGUGUGCCACUGGUGUUCUUUCCACUUUAUACGAAAGCAAGUAGCCAUGCUUUGGUUGUGUGUUUGGCCUUUUCAGUAUUAGACAAUCAUUCUACAAGAGCUUUUCCUCUGUCUGAGAUGUCAUGCAGCGCUGUUGAUGUCCAGUUCUAUGUCAUCAGUACACAAGGAGAAUAAUAGAUGGGGUUUAUUAAAGUGAGCAAAGUCUGCAUUUUACCUGGUGCGCAUGAGUGGGGUCUUUAAGAGUUUUGGUGGCUCUCCCAUGUUUCCUAUUACCCAUGGAUUUACCCUGAGCCUUCCUAUCACAUUAUAAAUAACAGUUCAUCUAAAGAGCCACUUUUCUUUCUGAUUCAGUAACAUUUGCCUACAUAAGUUUUCAUUUAUUUGUGUUUUAUUUAUUACAGGGCUGCUAUUUUCAUAAUGUACAUGAACAAUGUCACAGAACUUUUUUAAUUUUUUUGAAUAAUUAUAAGUAUCAGUAAAGGAAGUGAAAGACAGGAUUGCAUUUAAUAGAUAAAACGUUUAGGCAAUAAUUGAACAAAAGAAUCCUGGCAUAUUUCUAACACUAAUGGCAAUUUACUUAUGGUAUUUAUUUUCAGUAGUAAAGACCCAGCUUGAAUGUAAAUUUUGUAUAGUGUAAGUAUGAAGAACAUAGUGCAACUGUACAGGUAGUCACCAGUUAUUGUGAUAUAAUAAAUAAUUGGGCUAUUUUGAUGAAGAAAACUUUGUUCAUUUGUUUCUACUUUCUAAGAGAAAUUGCCACGAUUCCUCUGCUUUUCAACAUUUCGUAUGACUUUUUUUUCGGGUGGGAAUAAAAAGCUGUGAAAUUGUUCAACCUACUUUGUAACCAAAGAAGCAAAGCUGUGUAAUGGAGUUUUUUUUUUUUUUUGUCUUUUUUUUUUAUAAUGCACAUUCUUUAUGUAUUUUUAUUUAGUGUUUUCUCAGUCACAAUUUUCUUUACUGUCUAGCAUGAUCUGCAUGACCUAUAAUCUUUGAACCACUUUCGUACCUCAUGUUUUUAUCCAGCACUCUUAUUGUAAUAUGUACUAGUCUGUGAACAAUGUCAAAUAAAAGAGAACGAACAGGUAGUUUGGUGGAGCUGAGCUAGUGUACAAUACACUAGUUGUAAAAAAAAAAAAAAAAAAAAAAGUGAGCCAUCUUUUGUUCAUUUAAAAUGGUGUUUUGAAUUUCGUAUGCAGAAAACGUUUUGUUACAUUGCAGAUUUUAAUGUAUUUAAUAAAUGCAACAUGCAGAUUAAGUGCAGUGUAUACUGAGUAUUUAAAUUAAAAUGUACAUUUCAUAAAUACAGUUUCAAAAGAAAGCAUCAUUUUGUGUAUACUAACACAUUAAGUGUAUGUCAGAAAUUGAUGUAUAAAUAUAUAUUUUAACACAUUUUCUGAAAUUAAACUGCAGUUUUGUUGAAAUAUUUGGCUCUAUAUGUGUUCAAAAUUUGACUAGAUUUGUAUUUUCACAAUUCAAAAUACUCCUUAAAGACCUGUUAAUAAUGACUUACUGAUAGUUCUUAAAUUUUCAAAGUAAAACAAUUUAAAGAAUGCAAGAAUAGUGAGCAAUAUUUGUACUCAAUAUUCAUAUUAUGUUAGUGAUACUUUAGUAGGAAAUCCUUGUCUACCAAAACUUUUACUUGAAUUCAGAAAGGUGCCUGUAGAAAUUAACAUGCACUGCAUCUGUAGCCAGCUAGCUAAUCAGUUAAUGAGAACCAGUAGUUAGUUCUCCGUGUUAAAAGACGUGUUUAUUUGAAGUAAAAAUUUAAUCAGAUUACCCAUAAACAAGGCAUAAAAUUGGGAUGUACAUGAGAUUGCCAAAUAUUUUCUAUUCUAGUUGUGCUGCAAGACAUUGAACAAAAUGUUAAUGAAUAACAUUAUAAAUAAUUCAAGGAACUAAGUACAUAGGCUUGAGUAAGCAACCCUAAGGAUGUGUAGGAAGAUUCCAAGUAGAGCUGCUACAGGUGAGAUACUUAAUGGAAUGUGAAACUUCACUAUUGGACUGUUAACCAAAAAGGUUUGCUGGCUGUGCCCCUCCAGUGCUAACUGACGUGAUAUUUAAUACAGGUGGAGAAAAACUAGUCUUAGAAGAAGAGUUGGGAUUUUUGUGAAAAUAGAUUCCAUUUUGAUUCUGGGGCUGGAAAAACACUUUAUAAACAAAGUAAUAGUCUCCAGGGAAAUGAAUAAUAAGGUUUAAAAUGGUAACAGCAGUUAUUACUACUUUUAUAUUAAAAACAGUAGAAAAGGAGAGAAAACAUGGGUAGUUCACAGAAGAGAUAAAUCGCAGUUUCUAGAAGUUCAACCUCUAGUAAUCUAAGAAAUGCAAAUUAAUAUUUUUAGCGAAUUGUAAUAAGUGUCCUAAGUAGCAGGACUUAACAUAGAAAGACAGGCUUUCCUGUGUACUUUUAGAAAGUAAUUUGGCAAUAUAUAUCAAGAGCCUUAAAUAAUAAACUUUCCAGUGUAACGACAGGAGAAGAUACUCAUGGUGCAUUGUUCAAAAAUGCAGAAUUAUUGUCAUGUCUGCCCUCUGCUUUCCCAUCAUCCUCUCCUUCCCUCAAAAUCCAAACUAUCCCUGCUCUCAACCCUUCCCCCAGCUGAUUGUUUAGGAUCUUAAGUAACUUCCAAUUCAGCUUUGGAGAUUUAGUCUCCUGCUCCAAAUAGUUGUAAAUAUUAACUGAUUGAGAUCCCAAUUUGGAGGCACAGUCUUACAGGAAUGCCAUCUAUCUAAUUCUGUCAGUGUAAUCCCCAUAGAGCAAGGUCCCACAUAAGCUUUUCUGUUUUAAUUUAGCUGGUAAAUCAUAAGUAGAAAUUUUUCUGAUAUGAUAAUUGUCUACAAUUCAAACCUAACUUUCCCCAAAUAAAAUGUAGUUUGUUCCAAUGUGAUCUCACAGCUUGCCACACCAAAUAGUAGGGGUUAGGAGGCAUUAAAUAUACAGUUUCCUUAACUCCUGAUUGUCCAAAAUAGCUGAAUUUUUCCAAUUCUAUUUCUAAUAUCCUAUGCUAAUUAGAAGUAUUGAGAUAACGUUUUAUAAUCAAGCCUCCAGUGAUUGGGGAUCACAACUGCCAUUAUUCACAAGAAUUUUCACAGGUGAAUGAUUAUAUUACUGUAAGUUGCAAACUCCAGUAAUUCAUGGACCUUUUUUAAAAAAAAAAGUCUUAAUAGAACCAGAAUAUCUCUGUUCUUGAAAAUUUAUCUUUGCAGAACCAGAAAUAGCUAAUCGUCUGGAAACAAUUUUUAAGAUUUGAAAUCACAUUUUUAAAAGAAGCUUUAUGGCUCAGUGGCAAGCAAUUUGUGACAUGGCUCAAUUUUCUUCAAUAAUCCUAUGAAGAGGACAAAACCCAGCCCUCAAAAUUGACAAUUUGAGGACAUAAUAAGCCAACUAAUGAUGCAGUGAGAAAUACUUGUUACUAUAUACAGUCAGGGAUGGUUUUGUCAGGGUAGGUUUCCUCAAAAACAUGACACCUGAGUCUUGAAGGUCAUAAGAGCCAGAGGGAAGGGUGUUCCAAGCACAAGAAAAGAGAACUCAAUGGCUUAAAAGUAUAAACAAGGCUCCUAGGGCAGCCACAGAAUUGCACUGGAGAUAGGCAGGCAAUGACUUCCCCACUGACCUAGUAGUUUGGCAUCUAUUCAGAAAGCAAGAAUGAUUUAUUGAAUGGUUUUAAGCAAUGGGAUACUGUGCUCAAAUUAUGCUGGAUGUGCACAAUUCCAGUGGCAAAUGGGAGGUAGAUUAGAGUAGCUGAAACUGGAAGCUGAGAAAUAAUUUAGGAGGGAUGACAAUCCAGAAAAUAAAUGAUGAAAGGGCAAAAUUACAUAGGCCAUUUUGUGAAGGUCAUGAAGGAAGUUUGUCUUGGGUCUUUCUGUAUCAUUGUCCUCUCCACAAUGAACAUCCCAUUCUCAGUAUCAGGUAUCAGGUGCCUAUUUUCUUUUUUUUUUUUUUUUUUUUUUUUGAGAGAGUCUUGCUGUGCUCAGGCUGGAGUGCAGUGGCAAGAUCUCGGCUCACUGCAACCUCCGCCUCCCAGGUUCAAGCGAUUCUCCUGCCUCAGCCUCCUGAGUAGCUGGGAUUACAGGCGUGUGCCACCAUGCUGGGCUAAUUUUUGUAUUUUUAGUAGAGACAGGGUUUCACCAUGCUGGCCAGGUUGGUCUUGAACUCCUGACCUCAAGUCAUCUCCCCCACCCGCCCGGGCCUCCCAAAGUGUUGGGAUUACAGGCGUGAGCCACCGCACCCAGCUGCCUAUUUUCUUGUCCCUCCAAAAAAAGAUUAAAGAGUCCCAACUCAUACUUGAAAGUUUGACUUGGUCUUUUCCUUCCAACAGUCACAAAUCUGUGAAAUGAAAGUCUUUGUUUCCUUAAAGGAAUUUCAAGAAUUUAACAAAAGGGUGGGGGAAUGGAACCUUUGCUGUCACUAUGCCUCUCUGUCAAUUCUACCCUAAAGGUAAACUAAAUGGAAUCCUUUUAUGGUGACUAGGAUUAGGAUGUUGAUUCCAAAGCCUUUCCCUAAAAUCUAUUCCUUGCUCCCUGGAAAGGAUAAUAUAGGUUGUGGACCCCACUGUAGGUACUGACAGCCCAAGGCAGAAUAGGUUUUGCUAGGCUUUAGGCUUUUAUUCUUUGACAUAGGUCAGUCCUGCAGGCUUCUUUUUUCUAGGUCUCCUGCCUAUCCAAAACCAGACCUUUUCUCCCACCUCCUUCUGCUUCAAGCCUCUUAAUAAUCCAUAUUUCUAUUUUCUAGCAAUAGUAAUAGUUUAUUAUUUAGUGAUGUAUACUUGCACCCUAUUUACUCCUUUUCAACAUUUCAGGAUACAUCUUUGUCCUGUAUUUCUGUACCAGUUCAUAGAAUUCCUACAGCAAGAUCCCUUUAAAUGUAUGGCUUUCCUUCAUAGGUUGCAAGGAUUACUUUAUACAAGUGCUACUGUAACUAUAUCUUUUGUGGAGUACAAUUGAUAUGACACACUGUGUUCAUAGAUGAAAAUGCUAAGUGAGGCACUCUGAAGCAAGUUAAAAGUUCACAGACAUUCUUGCUUGCCCACCGCCCCCCCUCCCCCCUGCCGAACCCCACCAUGGAAUCAUCAAAUAAGAAAAAUACAGAUUUUCAGAUUGGUGAUGACAAAGUAAGACGCUGGUAUUUUGCACUGGCGCAGUCCACUUAGUUGUUGAAUUUGUUCAGCGUACCUGGAUGGUGAGUGAGUUAGCUUUAUUUUUCAUUCUCAGCAGGGAAACUGAUAGACUAGGCAAUUUGGGGAAUUUUCCCAUUGUCUAUUGUCAUGGGUCCACAGUAUCUAAGUUUACAGACUAUGACAUCAUCCACAGAAGCCAUAUUUAUCCCUUUGGAGGGAAGGGAAAGGUGUGCUAACUUAGAUCAUAAAAACAACUGAAUUUUUAAACAAGGCAAAUGCCACAGUUCAACUUUUCCAUAAAAAAAGUUAAGUUCAUCUCUUCAUUCUUUUGCAUGCCUACAAUAUUUCCAUAUAACAACUGUAAAAUACUCUUGCCUGCUGCAAUCCAAAUGUUAUCCAGAUCACAGUUCUUGCUGUCAUUUCACAGGCAUGCAAUGUAUCUAUAGAUAGGUCAUACCUGAGGAAGAUCAGAGACAGCAAGGGAACAUUUUCCCCACACUUGAGACGAAAUAAUAACAGGUCAGUGGCUAAUAAAAAGAAACAUGUAUGACUUGGUAAAAUCCUAAAAGUGACAUUUUCAAGAAAUUUAGGUUUCUUUUUUUUAUUUUAUAAAAAAAAAGUUGACAUGCAAUUUAAUUCUAUUUCAAUUUAGGUGCUGCAACCUGUACUGGAUGUUUGGGGAUAGAAGGAUGAAUGGGACAUGAUUUGUGUGCUCCAAUGAGCUCAGUCCAGUGUAAGUGUAAAAGUUAAAGUGCCAUAUUGUUUAUUCAGAGUAUAUGUUAUAGUUUGUGAACCUUAUAUCAUUUGUUAAAUGAAAGAUUUUUAUAAGUCAACAGUAAUAUUGCCAUCCCAUGUAAAAAUCCUUUGAUAUUGCCAGGAAACAACUUUAAAUCACCAGAAAGCUUUAACAUCAAGUAAUACUUUUAGAAGGAGCGGAAAAGCCUCCCACCUCGACAUUGAGCCUGUGAAGUAUUCCCUAAAAAAGAGGAACUAAUCUGAGAAAAGUUUACACAUUUUUAAUACUCUAAGUUGUAGAUAAUGAAAUUGAUUUAAAUCAAAGUUAACUAGAAUAGGAUUCAUGUGUCAUGAAUUAUAUUGUCUAUUGUCUCAUAAGCAACACACUUAUUGGCUGACAAAAUCAGCUACCAUUUAAUGAACCAAGUUAAGAAUAACUCAGGUGACUGAUGCCAAAAAUAAAUCUCUAAUACAGCUGAGAAUCCAGAAACACAAAUAUAUGUUGAGUAAGUAAUAAAAGUGACAUUUCAAAUUAGUAAGGAAAAAAUGGAUUAUUCAACAAAUAGUAUGGGAUAGCAUAACGAUUUAGAAGAAAUAUAAAGUUAGAUCUUUCACAAAAAUUAAUUCUAGCUAGACUAGCAGUUAGUCUUCUACUUUUUGGUUACUCCCUUUUAGAAACUGGAAGCUAUAUACCCUGUCCCUUUGAAAAUGCACAUAAGCAAAGAACUUUACUUUGCUUAUGUGCAUUUUAUAGGUUAUAAAGAGAUGCUCGAUCUCAGCAAAAUAAGGGAAGUGCACAUUAAAACACAAGAAACCAUCUCAGAUCCAGCUAAUAUUUAGCGUGCAUACAAAUCAAAAGCUGGAAAGGGUGUGGAAAAACAGGAAUACAUUGCUAGUGAGCAUACAAAUUGGCACAGCCUCUUUUAAAGACAAUUGUAUAUCACCCAUUAAAUUUUAAAAGACACAUACCCUGUGACCUAACAAUUCCAACUUUUAAUGUCCUAAAGAAACAUACAUGUGUUCACAAGAUAGCCUGUACAAUUAUGUCAGUUGCACCUUUGCUUGUACAGUAGACCCCCUUAUCUGCAGUUUCACUUUUUGAGGUUUCAGUCAUCCAAAGUCAACCACAAAACAAAAAUAUUAAAUGGAAAAUUCUAGAAAUGAACAUAAGUUUUAAACUUCAAACCUUUCUGCAUAGUAUGAUAAAAAUCUCUCACUAUCCCUCCCCAUCCUGCCUGGGACAGGAAUCAUCUCUUUGUCCAGUGUAUCCACAAUGUGUACACUCUCUGCCCAUUAGUCAUUUCUAUUAUCAGAUCAUAAAAAAACAUAGUACAUAGAGGGUUUGGUAUUAUUCGUGGUUUCGGGCAUUCAGUGGGGGUCUUGGAAAAUAUCCUCCAUGGUGGGGGAACUACUGUAAUACUAUGAAAUUGGAAAAACCAAAAUACUCAUCAAGAGGAUGGACUAUGGUACACAUGAUGAAAUAUUAAGUAUCAAUGAAAAAGAGAGAGUCCUACAUGUCUGGCAUGGAAGGAUCUCCAGGAGACAAUGUUAAAAGUUUGAGGGAAAAAUUGAAAGACAAUACCUGUAAUACACGAUACUAUUGAUGUUAAAUCACAUCGCGCACACACACACACACACACAAAUACUGUAUAGUGUACUUCUACAAGUACAUAUUUGUGUAUUAUAUAGAGAGGAGGUCUGGAAGGAUACUAACCAAACUGUUAACAGUAGUUUGGUAGCGUGCAUUAGCUUUAACUGUAAUGUUUGAUGUUUUUGAAUAUGCAUUUAUGUAUUGUUUGUGUAAUGACAAAUUAAUAAAUUAGAAAUAAAAUAAUGUGUUUU